AGCGGCCGGGGGAGGCAGGGGGCGCAGCGCCCAGCCGCAGGCCCGGGGAACCCGUCCCCACGUGCACGUCCGGGAAGGCCCCAACAGUACGUCGACCACAGCGCCCAAACCGACGCCGGAGCCUUCGGACAACCCUACGGACCCCCACCAGGCGCACGCCCGCGGCAGAGGCGGCUCUACGGCGGUCUCGCGAGAGAACGCUGGUGGUACCUCCUUCCUCUCCGCUGUCUCUGUCUCCCCGCCCCCAGACUGCGCGGCUUCCUCCGGAGGGUGGGAGCCUUGGACGUGGCGUGACGGGGCCAGCCCGGGUGCCAGGCCUGGGGCGCUCCGCUCGGCCGCUCGGCAGGCUGGCCUCCCGCGCCGUCGUCCGGCCCCCGACAGAUUCCGGCCUUCCCAGGUAGACGAGCGCCGGCCCGAGUGACGCAGGCGUGCAGCGGCGGCCGGGGCGGGAGGACCUGCGAGGCUGGGAGGGGGCGCCUCACCUGCGCGGGCGGGGGCGGGGCCCAAGGUGCGCACGCGCGCCGCCGGCCUGGAGGGCGGUGGCUCCGGCGACGUUGCUCAGCCGAGCCGGCGGGCUGGGCGCCCUCGCUCGCGGCGGCGUAAUCUGCUAGCGGGUCUGCGUCUGCUUUCCUCCGCCUCGGUGUGGGGCGGGCCAGGAGAUGGCUUCCGAGAUGGAGUCGUCGUUGGAGGCGAGCUUCACGUCCAGCGGCGCGCUGUCAGGGGCGUCGGCCUUCCUGCCGCCGGCACGCUCCCGCAUCUUCAAGAUCAUCGUGAUCGGCGACUCCAAUGUGGGCAAAACGUGCCUGACCUACCGCUUCUGCGCCGGCCGCUUCCCGGACCGCACAGAGGCGACUAUCGGGGUGGAUUUCCGCGAACGAGCGGUGGAGAUUGAUGGGGAGCGCAUCAAGAUCCAGCUAUGGGACACAGCAGGACAGGAACGCUUCAGAAAGAGCAUGGUACAGCACUACUACAGAAACGUCCAUGCCGUGGUCUUCGUGUAUGAUAUGACCAACAUGGCUAGUUUUCACAGCCUGCCAUCUUGGAUAGAAGAAUGCAAACAACAUUUGCUAGCCAGUGACAUACCACGGAUUCUCGUUGGAAAUAAAUGUGACUUAAGAAGUGCCAUUCAGGUACCUACAGACUUGGCACAAAAAUUUGCUGACACACACAGUAUGCCUUUGUUUGAAACCUCUGCUAAAAACCCCAAUGAUAAUGACCACGUGGAAGCUAUAUUUAUGACCUUGGCCCAUAAGCUUAAGAGCCACAAACCAUUAAUGCUUAGUCAACCCCCUGAUAACGGAGUUAUCCUGAAACCUGAACCAAAACCUUCAGUGACGUGCUGGUGCUAAGUAACAGCCUUUGUUAUACUAUUUAAUUUUGACUAAAGAAAUACUUUGGAAGUAUGACAGUGAUAGUCAUACGAUUUCAUCUCAAAUACAGUGAAUCAUCCUGACACUUUGCUGUUUAUCAUCAUCAUGCUCACUUUCGUAUUCUGUAUUUGCUUAAUCAAGUUUGUCACUGUGACAGCAGAAGGAAAAAGUUGCUUUUCAGGUGAGGUUGAAAAUGAAGCCAAGGUGGGACGAGUCAGAACAUCUCUCCCUUGAGAGCCCGGGGCAGGGGGCUUCAAAUAAGCGUAUGAUGGAGUUUCAAGAGUCAGUGACUGUUCAAUCCUGUGUUCCUGUGAUUGAAAACCAAAUAUUAGGGGUUCAGUACACGCUUAACCGUGUGUCCUUUGAAUGGGAUGUGUUCUCAGUUGGAUAAAAACUGGUAUUUGCCUCUCCUUAGACUUCUUUCUUUGUAUUGAUGGAUUUAAUUGCAUUACUAUUGGUGCAUUUUAGAGCUAAGACUUUAGUUCCAGUGGGAGGAGAAGGCAUCGAAUGUGUUCUGGUUCUCAGUCCAUAAAGAAUGACUUUGCCAACAGAUUGCGAUGCUUGAUAUUUCUAAUCAGUAUCAGGUAUAUAAAAACUUACUUUUAGAAGAGUAAUUUGAAUUGUUUUCUUAGUAAAUUCUAUUAAAAUAAGCAAAAUUAGUUAAAUUUUAAUGCAAAUGAAAUGACAUAAUAAGGUGCUUUAUAUUUUAUUAUGAUAUCUUUAAACAGUGAAAAGCAAAUUGAAAGCCUAUGAGGAGUUGUAACUUGGGGGAAAAAUAGGUAAAUGUGGCUCCUGGCUACACAGGAGACCUAUUCUUAGCUUUUAGUAAUUUCUGAAUGUGUAUCUGGCAUAGUAUCUCUUGCUCGCCCUCACACCCAAUCAACUUAAUGACUAAAGGCUGAAUUAACAAAUCAUCUUCCAUUUGGAUUGUAGCUCCGAGGACAGACCUCAAAUUGCUGUGAAUUCCCAUAUAUCUGUAAUAGUAUUGUGUUACAGUACAUCAAUUUUUAAAAUCUUUACAUUUUAUGGCUACAACAUGCUAUUCCUCCUCAGUAUGAAAAACAAAUUAGAUAUUGAAAAAUAUCUUGUCUGUCCUUCAGUGGUGGAAAGAAUAUUUCAAAAAGUUUUUUACCCUACUUUUGUUUUGAAGUUAAGACUUUGCACAGAGGAAAUAGUACGAAGCUAUCAUGAACGGACGUAAGCCAUGAACUUUUACUGCAGUGUGUGCACUAACACUGAUAGAUUGCUGUCCUGCAUCAUUUUAGAGGAACUUAAGCCAAAAGAUGAUUGUACUUACAGUAUCUCAGAAUGUGGGAAACAAAUUAAAUAUGUGUCUAAUCUAGGAUCUUUGUUUUAUUACCAUGAUGGUCCUAACUAGAUAAUUUAAUUAUGAAAGAUAAUUCUAUGAACUGAACUAACUGCAAGUAAUAAUUAUAGGAAAUAAUUCUUCAGUUUUAAAUAUUAGAGAUUAAGGAAAAACAACUUGGUUUUAUUUAUGUUUAGGGAGAUGCUAGAAUUAAAAAGGAUUUGACUUUAUGUAAA